AUGAGACCAAAUAUGUUUAAUAAUAAUAUUCAAAGACCUCCAAGUACUACAAAAGAUAAAAUGCCAUCAUAAGGAUUAUCCAAUUAUCCACUAUUACUUAAUAAGGCUUAAUCAACACCAUCUCAAGAUAUCAAAUCUAAUUAUAUUUACUCCUCUAACACAACAUUCGCUCCUAAUACCUAAUCAUAAUAAGUAACUUAUCAUUUCUCAUAUCAUUAGUCUAGAUUUAUUGAAUAAAAUACUUAAAAAUAAAAUCCAUCUUAAUUCAACUAAUAACUAUCAUAGCAGUCUUUGGCAAUAUCUCAAUAGAAUACUUAAAAGACUGUUACAACUAAUUACUCUAUGUCAUAAUCUUAACCAGAAUAAUAUUAAUAUAAAUCAAUGCAAAAUGUCAGCAAAGGCAUAUGUGGUUUGAGAAAUAUUGGUAAUACAUGUUUCAUGUAAUUGUAUUUCAUAACAUUUCAGGAAUUCAGUUUUACAAUGUCUACUCAAUAUUCCGGCUUUUAAUGAGCAUUUUUUAAAUGGUGAUUACUUAAAAGACUUAAAUUCUAAAAACAGUUCUGUUCCUAAUGAAUAUAGCAAAUUAGUAGCCACAAUAAGAAAUACUCCCAAUUUUCAAUCUAUUGCUCCAUAUGGAAUUAAAUCAGCUGUAGGUAUUAUUCUUUGUUUUAUUUUAAUAGAGAAUGUUAUGCCUUGUUUUAGAGGUUAUGCUUAAUAAGAUGCCUAAGAGUUUUUAGUAGCUCUUCUUGAUGGUCUUAGUUUAGGUUUAAAUAGAGUCAAAAACAAAUCAUCAUAUAAAGAAAUGAAUGAUAAUCUUAAUGGAAGAACAUUAUAAGAUUUAGUAAUAUUUUGUAACAUAUUUUUAGAGUAAAGAAUGGUGGGAUUACUCAAAAAGUAGAGAAAAUAGUUUAGUUUUAGAUUAUUUUUAAGGACAACUUUUACAUACAAUUAAAUGCUCUAUUUGUGGAAGCAGUUCAUAUGCAUUUGAUACAUUCUAAGAUACAUCUUUAGCAAUUGCAAGGGCAUUUAAAAUAUUAGAAGAUAUGAAUUUAGAGAGAUUAUUAGAUAAAUAUGUAAUUGAAGAAGCAAUAGAUGAUUAUUAUUGCUCAAAAUGGUAUUUAAUUUAUCGUUAUUGUAUGUUGAAGCAAAAAACAUUAAAAAGUAAAACGCAAAUUUACAAUAUGGAGAUUACCACAUAUAUUGAUGUUUCAUAUAAAAAGAUUUGAGUUUAGAAGAUUUUCUAGUGAUAAAUUAAAUCAUAGAGUAAUAUUCCCAUUAGAAUUAGAUAUGAGAGAAUUCGUUAAAGAUUCACGUAAGAUAUUCUUAAUUUUAGUUGAUUAGUCUGUAAAAAACUGUUAAUAUUUUUUAUGUGGAAUAGUAAAUCAUAGUGGAACUUUAUAUGGAGGACAUUAUACAGCGUAAUUAUUAUUGAUAUAUAAAUAAAGUGACAGCAAGAAUCCAUUUAAUCAAAAAUGGUAUAGAUAUAACGAUUCUGAUGUUAGAGAGAUUGAUAUAAAGCAAUAAAGAUAUGAUACAGAUGGCAGUAGCAGUCCAUAUAUAUUGUUUUAUGCAAGAAAAUCAUUAUAUUGA